AUGAUGAUCGAAUAAUAAUCUCCCCAAUAUUGGGAUGAUUUGAUUCUUAGUAGUAGCAAAAAAGAGUCUAAGAUUUAAAGUUAAACUCUUGAAUUUACAGCUUAAAAACUCUAAUAAUAGUUAGAAAAAAAUAAAGAAUUCAAUCAUGAAUAUAUGAUGAGAAUCUAAAGAAGUUAGUCUGAUCAUAGAGAACAAUUCAUUUCUGAACCUCAUGAAGAGGAAUGUGAAGAAGGAGAAUAAUAGAAAACGUAUUUGAAUAAAUUGAUGGAAGAAUUUAAUUCAACUUACAGUCCAAAAAUUAAAAGACCUUGUUGUUAACCAAAAUCUUAUGAUAUGCCAAGAUAACAAUAAAAAAAAGUAUUGGAAUAUUCAAAAGAAGAAGUUUGGCAUAGAUUAUUGGAAGAUAAAAGAAAUUAAAUAGAGUAGAGGGAAAAUGAGAAAAGAAAAUAUAUUGAUGAAUUGGUAGAAUAGCAUUGUACUUUUAAACCAAUAAUUAGUGAUAUUGCAUCAAGAAGAAACACUGAUUAGCCUGUGGCUGAUAGGUUAUAUUAAGAUGGAAUUGAAUAAAAAAAAAGAAAAGAAUAAUUAAAAUUUGAUCAUAUUAAUUCAGAAUAGUUCUCUUUUAAACCAGAAAUUAGUUAAAUUGGUAAUGUGUUAAAAGGAGAAAAAUAAUUCAUGAAACCAUUAUAUGAAAGAAUUGAUGAAGUUAUGAAAAAAAAAUAAGAAGAAUUAUUCUUAAAACAAUAAGAACUUUAAUAAUAAUCAGAUGUUACAUAUUAACCUAAGAUUUCAUAAAGAUCUAUUUUAAUAGCAGAAUAGAAGUAAACUUCAAAGUCAGUAGUUGAAAGAUUAAUGGAAGAUGCAGCAAUUAAAUUAUAAAAAAAAAUAAAUUAAAAGAAUGAAAUUUAAGAAAAAGAUGAAUGUACAUUUAACCCAUAGAUCAAUCCAACAACUAAACCUGUACAAUAAAUUAAUUAAGUCUAUUAAACCUAAUAUUUGAUGGCUGAUUUUAUGAGAGAAAAAAAAGAAAAACUAAUCUAAGAAUUUAUCAAAAAUUCUGAUGUUACUUUUAAACCUUAAAUUAAUAAAACAAGCGAAUUAAUUAUGGAAAGCAAUGAAGAAAGACUUUAAGAGAAUAUGUCAGAUAAAAUUAAUCGUCUUGGAGUUAGGGAUUAUGAAAAAAAUCAAAUACUAAAAGAAUAAAUUUAAUAAGCAUAUUAUCAAUAAUAUACUUUUAAACCUUAAAUAAAUCAUAUUUCAUCUAUUAUUGCAUAAAAAAGAUCCCUUGAUGAUCUUGCUUACAAUCCAGAAAGAUAAGAAAAAUUAAAUAGAUUAAAAGAAGUAAUUUAUUUAUUAAUAUUCAUAGGAAUAAGAAUCCAAGUAAUCAUUUAGUUAUUAUCCUUAAACUAAAAAAUCUCAAUAAUAUUAACAUGUGAAAUCUAAAUAUGAUAAAAAUUUAAUAAGAUAAAAUAUGGAAUUAGAAAAAGAACUUAAAGAAAGGAAAAUUUAAGAUUUAAAAAAGUAGAAAAAUAUUAUAUAUUUCUAGACAAAUGUAAUAUUAAGAGUUAAAGGAAUGUACAUUUAAACCAAUGACAAAAUAAUUUUAGAAGGACGAAGAAACUUUAAAUUAAAAGGUAAAAGGAGUUCAAAAUUUCUUCUAAAAUAAAGAAAACUUAAAAAAGAAAGCUUAAUAACAAUAGGAAAGAGAAAAAGAGCUUUUUCAUUAUGAAUUAAAAUAUGACUUUAAGAAUCAUUUAGAAAAAACAAAACCAGAACCAUUUAAAAUAACUUAAUAAAACAAUACUAAUAAGAGACAAUUAGAGGAGGAAGCAUUGUAAAAAGAAAGAGAAUAAUGUACAUUUCAACCAAAGAUUAACUAAAAAUAUGUUUUUUAAUGA